CCCUUCAUUUCAUCAUCACCAUCAUCACCCUCACCUUGCUCAACCACCUCUCUCUCUCUCUCUAAAUUCUCUCUCUAGAUCUCUCUUACCUUGCAAUACACGCCUUUCAUCUUUACCCCUCAUUCUUGCAUAAAUACCCUCCCCUACACAUUUCUCUCGUUCCUAUUCUCGUUUUAUUUACCCUAAUCUUUUCAUUUUUACUCUUCUCUCCCAAUUCUUGAAUCUUGGCCAACAAAAAUAGCAAAUUUGCAAACCGGAAAUUACUACAAGAUCAAGAAUUCAGCCAUGUCUACUACCGAUCACCACCACCAUGAUCUUGAAUUCCGUCAAGAUUCGCCGCGGAAACAAGUUCCGUUCAUCAAGAACGAGCAACUCGAGCAAUCUUGCAGCUCGUCCAACGAGAAUAAAGUCGAAAUUCAGCAACAAAACAACGAGGAAGAUUGUACGACGCCCACCUCCGACGAAAACAAGAUUCCUCCGGUCGUUAUUUGCCCGCCGGCGCCGCGUAAACCGAAGACCAUGAUGGGCUCUUGUAAAAGAAAGCUAGAUUUUCUUGAGAUCGUGAAACGGGAAGAGGUUGAGUCGUAUUUCCGAUCGAAUUUCGAUGUGCUGGCGAAGAGGAGAUGCCCUUGUAAAUGAUACUGUUAUUUAUGGCAACAAUUCGCUGCCAAUUAUUGAUGAUCGGUUCUUCCUCUUAAUUCUUGAUCUUUUUUUUAUGUUAUUCUUUUUUUUUUGUUCUUCAAGUAAUUAUGAAAAUUGAUGAUCAGAUAUGUAAGGACCGAUCAUUGUUGAUGAAAACAAUGUAUUUAUUAAUUACACGGUUGAAUUCCAUGGCCCAGGAAUACAAUAUAUUUGUUACAAACCUUUUGUAAUUCUCUAAUUCCAGAUUAUAUGAAACUUUAAUUAAUUCUUGUUUUCA